AUGGCCGUGGCGGAAGACAACCCCCGCAUUGUCAAAUUAAACUGCUACACUAGGCUAGUUCCAGUGGAAGCUGCCAUCGGAAGGUGGAAAAAAUUCGAUUCGAGCACAGGAAUGAAGAAGAACAAACCCGACAGCUCUUACGUCGACAGCGGAGGCCUUCGCGAAUACUCGCUUAAAAUCUCACGUCAGAGAAACCACUAG